AGCUGCCAAUUUUGUCUACUAUUAAAAAAAAAUUACUCUAAUCCGCUCAAAAUCAAACAAAAUUCUAUCCCUCCUUAUCUAUUUUUAUUUAUAAUUUUCUAUCAAAUGAAAAAAUCCCCGCCACAAAAUCAACAAAACAAAAAUCAUCAAUUUUUGUAGCUUUUUGUAUUUCCUUUUCACAUUGACAUUCAUUCCAAAUCGCAUCACUCAACGUCAACGCAUGUUGUUCUGUUCUUUGAAAUACUCUACUAAAAUCGGUGGUGGCUUCUAGCUAGGCUGUUCACAUGAAGGAGGAGUGGAGUGUCAGUCAUUCUAGUUUGUUGCGCGAUAGAAAAAGAAAAACUAUUAAUUAAACUAAAUUAGUCACAAACAAAAUUUUUAUACGGAACUCAAAAAAAAAAAAGUAGUAAAUUUCCAUUAGAACCGAAAAAAGAAGAAAGAAAGAAACGCCCAGGACAAUCAUCAUCUUCAUUAUUUAUCAUCAUGGGACAACAAGUAUCCCGAACAGAUUUUGAAUGGGUUUACACCGAAGAGCCACAUGCAAGUCGUCGCAAAUUGAUUCUGGAAAAAUAUCCACAAAUCAAAAAGCUCUUCGGCUACGAUCCCAAGUUCAAGUAUAUUGCCGGCUCCAUGGUCUUGACACAAAUUCUAAUGUUGUUCCUAAUCAAAGACUGCUCUUGGCCAGCCUUAUUCCUAAUUGCUUAUUGCUUUGGUGGAAUAUUGAAUCAUUCGUUGAUGUUGGCCGUGCAUGAGAUAUCUCAUAAUUUGGCAUUCGGUCAUGGUCGCCCGUUGGCCAAUCGGAUAAUGGGAUUCAUUUGUAAUUUGCCCAUUGGAUUGCCAAUGUCGAUAUCAUUUCGGAAAUAUCAUUUGGAACAUCAUAGAUACCAAGGCGAUGAAGCAAUAGACACCGACAUACCCACUCUACUCGAAGCUAAACUAUUUUGUACGACAUUUGGCAAAUUCCUAUGGGUUUGCCUGCAGCCAUUUUUUUACAUUUUCCGCCCUCUAAUCAUCAAUCCAAAGCCACCAACUAACAUGGAAAUAAUCAACACAAUUAUUCAACUAACCUUCAAUGGUAUAGUUGUGUAUUUCUUUGGAUGGAAAGCUCUGGCAUAUCUCCUAAUCGGUUCAAUAUUGGCAAUGGGUUUGCAUCCAGUUGCUGGACAUUUUAUAUCCGAACAUUACAUGUUUGCCAAGGGCUUUGAAACUUAUUCCUAUUAUGGUCCACUCAAUUGGAUAACAUUCAAUGUUGGUUAUCAUAAUGAACAUCAUGAUUUUCCAGCUGUGCCGGGUAGCCGUUUGCCAGAAGUAAAAAAGAUUGCCCCAGAAUUUUAUGAUUCUAUGCCACAACACACAUCAUGGAUGCGUGUGUUGUAUGAUUUUAUUAUGGAUCCAGCUGUGGGUCCAUAUGCCCGUGUAAAAAGACACCAACGUGGCCUUAAAACAUAAAUUCAAAUUCAAAACUCUAUAGAAACAAAUAACAUCAUGGACUGCAAUCUACAACAACAACAACAACAACAACACAAAGCUGCAAAUAAUACUUCUUCUAUUGUCGUAAUGUCAGUUAAUAACUUGUGUGUGUAGGUGUAUUUUAUAUUUAUUUGAAUUUUACUUGUUGGUUUAAAUAUUUUUAAGGAGUAUUAAGUUUGGUGUUGUUUUUUCUUUUGAAAGCACGAAAAAAUAAAAAAUGAUCAUAGAUUUAAAUUGAUAGGUUUAUUUAUACACCAUGCUUUAAAAAAUGUGUUUCUUUUUUUCUUAAAUUUUUGAAUUCUUUUAAGAAGAAACAAUUGCAGUUUAAAUGCUCUACCACUAUUAUAGUAUUAUUAGGUUUUUGUAUAAUGCCAAAAAAGAAAUGAGUUCUAAAACAAGAUUUAUCUGUAUAUGUAUUUUAAAAAUAUAUAUAAAUUAGUCUGUUUGAUAUUUAUAUAAAUUUAAUGUAUUAUAGAAUUUUUAAUAAUAAGAAAAAAAAAUAAGAUAUAUGUAUAACAAAAUAAAACUACAAAUUUUUCAAAUUUCCGCUUUGUCUCUGUCCCUCAACCUCAAUCAAGCUUAUGCACUAAGAUUCUAUUCUUAAUUUUGUGUAUGUAAAACAAUCAAAACAAAAUGAUGUAAAAGACUUCUUGUAUAUA